AUGACUGCUGGAAAAGGUGCCCAGCACAGGACACUGGAUGCAGAAAAGGAUGUUUCUGCAGAAAUGGCUACGUGCGACAUACAUCAGGGAGAUGUAUCUCCAUCGCUUCGUGUGCUAAAAGAAUUAAUUGUCCUCGGUAUGAAGAGUGGAAAGAGUGCGGCACUGCGCCGAUAUCUUCGCAAUCCAUUGACAGAUCUCUGCGUACGCUCUCAUCAAUGCCCAAUAGGGGUGCCUCAGUGUUCAUAUGGGGAAGAAUAUCUAUCGUGCGGUUAUGCUAGUAAUGAACAGUGUCACGUUAAUGCUGGUGCUUUGCAGAAGGAAAAGUGUACACCCGGUUGCUAUUGUGUAAGUGGAAAAGCUCGAAUCAAUGGUCAUUGUGUUCCAAAUCAUCAGUGUCCUAGAGUGUGUCCAGCCAACGAAGAAUACAGUGUUUGUGGCAACUCGUGUCGCGAAUCUUGUGGGACAAGUAAAGACGAUUGUGGAAAAACUUGCGAAACUGGAUGCUUUUGCAUUGCUGGAUACAAUAGAGUUGGUGGUGUUUGCGUACCAAAGUCAAACUGUCCUCCACCCAAAUGUCCUGGUCCGCAUGAAGUUUUCACAAUCUGUGGAACACAUUGUCUCGAAGACUGUUCAAAGAGUGAAAAGGAUUGUUCACACACCAGUUGUAAAUCCGGCUGUUUCUGUGAGAAAAACUAUAAAAGAAUAGACGGCAUUUGUGUUUCGAAAGACAAAUGUGAACCAGAGGAGCAAGAGUGCGAAGGAAAAAAUCAGGCUUACAACUCAUGUGGAAAAUCUUGCCUCGAUGAAUGUGGAAAAACUAGAAAGGAUUGUCUCUAUGAAAAGUGCUAUUCAGGCUGCUUCUGUUUGACAGGAUACAAAAGGAUAAACGGAGUUUGUGUUCCCGAAGAAAAAUGUGAACCUGAGGAGCAAGAGUGCGAAGGAAAAAAUCAGGUCUACAAUUCAUGUGGAAAAUCUUGCCUCGAUGAAUGUGGAAAAACUAGAAAGGAUUGUCUCUAUGAAAAGUGCUAUUCAGGUUGUUUCUGCUUGACAGGAUACAAAAGGAUAAACGGAGUUUGUGUUCCCGAAGAAAAAUGUGAACCAGAGGAGCAAGAGUGCGAAGGAAAAAAUCAGGUUUACAAUUCAUGUGGAAAAUCUUGCCUCGAUGAAUGUGGAAAAACUAGAAAGGAUUGUCUCUAUGAAAAGUGCUAUUCAGGCUGCUUCUGCUUGACAGGACACAAAAGGAUAAACGGAGUUUGUGUUCCCGAAGAAAAAUGUGAACCUGAGGAGCAAGAGUGCCAGGGAAAAAAUCAAUUCUAUAGUUCGUGUGGAAAAUCUUGUCUUGAUGAGUGUGAAAGCAAAUGCAAUCAGCCAGAGUGUUCCGGUCCCAAUGAAGCCUACUUAAAGUGUGGAAACCAUUGCGAAGAAGAAUGCAAAACGAUAAAAGGGUUUUGCAAGCUAGAAACAUGCUCACCUGGAUGCUACUGUAAACCCGGAUACAAGCGUGUCAAUGGAAUUUGUGUUCUGGAAUCUUUAUGCAAUUGUCCACCAAAUGAAAUUUUCGAACUGAGCAGUGAAUGUAGUGAAAAGUGCUUCCAUACAGACCAUAAGUGUUUAGGGGCCCAAAAAUAUCAUCGAUGCACUUGUAAAGAUGGCUUCAGACGUAUAAAUGGAGUGUGUUUACCAGAUGAUAAAUGUCAGUGUCCGACGAAUGAAGAAUACGUUUUCGGUAAUCAUUGCCAGGAGAAUUGUGAAAGUGGACCUCAAGACUGCAAAAAUGAGAAGUAUUUAAAGGCAUGUUUCUGCAAGUAUGGCUACCGCAGAAUUAACGGCAUUUGCGUAGAAGAUACUCAAUGUCCUUGUGGGAAAAAUGAGGAAUACAUGUUCGGAAAUGACUGCUACGACACGUGUUUGACGGAUCCAGAAACCUGUCGAUUGGAUGACACUUACAAGAGAUGUUCAUGUCUCGAUGGGUUCAAGAGAAUACAUGGCAUUUGCUUACCAGACACUAAAUGUAAAUGUCCUGUAAACGAGGAAGUAGCCUACACGAAUGAUUGCUAUGAACAGUGUGAACACGAUCCGGAAGUAUGCGCCGAAUUGGAAACAAUACGAAGAUGUGCAUGCAUAGAAGGUUACGUCAGAAUAAGCGGAGUUUGUGUUCCGGAGAGUAAUUGUCCAUGUGCAGAAAAUGAAGAGUAUGCUGUUGGUAGUUUAUGUGAAGAAGACUGUAGUUCCACUCCGGAUAGUUUCAAUGCCGUUGUCAACCCGGAUUUGUACGAAUUCUUGGAGUUUGUGUCCCUGAUAAAGUGUGUCCAUGUGGGAAAAAUGAAGAAUAUUUGUUUUCCAGUGAGUGUGUCGAAAAUUGUGGUGAAAAUUGGGACACCUGCAGUAAUAAGUUUGAAUGGAAGCGAUGUACAUGUAAGAAGCAGUUUAAGAGAAUUGAUGGAAAUUGUGUGA